UUGUUUUUAUUAAUUUGUGACCAUGGCCAUGGUAAACUUUGUAACCUUUAUACAAGACCUCGCCCAGGAGCUAAUUGUGAACAACAAAACGCACAAGGACUUCAUCAUUGUUGCACGCUUGCUCUCCGACGCAAUCCAGCAUCAGCUGAUCCUGAAUGACUCCAUUUUCCAGCACCUUUUGGACAAACUCCACACAACCGCCACCUACGUGAAGCAUCUCCUCCUUGACAUGCCGCUUAACUUCGAAAUCUUCCUGCCCGUCCGUAUUCCGGUUCCGGUUAUGUGCAGUUUCAACGAAGAACACCGCACGGUUCAGGUUACCGGGUUCCGCACGGAGCAUCCAUUCUUCUUUGGGAAUGCCUUGAGCUUCAAGCGCAUGAAUAUGAUGCUGCAGCAGGAUCUCACUGAAGUCGUGAACGAGAUGAGCAGCAUUAGCGCCUAUGGAGUGAUCUACGAUCUCACCUACAUUGUACAUUGCAGUCACAGCGUGCCCUUCAUCCACAAACUGGCGGCCACCGAGCGUGGCAGCAACGGUGAGCACUGCAUCAGCUUCGAAUUCGUCCUGGCUUUAGUUUUUGAGUCCGUAAAUGUGCCUCUGCCCUCUUAUUACAAUGCCCCCAUUGUGGGCCAAUGGCUGGCCUACGGAAUGGUCGCUGAAGAAGGUUCGUCGACGGACUGGGCGGUUCUGGUACCCAAAUGGAAGACUGCCGGGCCAGCCGUCUGUCUGCGAUCCAUGGGCUCGCAAAUCAUGCUGUACCGCCUCAUGAAAAUCCAGGAGUGCCAGCUCUAUGCCCAGCCCUACUGGUUGAAAUUGAGCUUUUUCAUGGCCACUGAGGCGCUCGGCGAGAAGUACCAGCGGAUAAGUAUAUCCGACAUUAUGUUAAUGAUCCUCUACGAUCAGGUCAUUCGUAAUGUGUACCUGACGGCUUCUGAGCACACCAGUGGCGACAAGCUGCUGUCCAUCAAGAAGCAGCAAAUCCGUGCCCGGGGAAUCUUCAGCAUACUGGACGAUGCAGCGCACAGCAAUCUGAUCACUAGCGAGUUUCUUUUUUCAUUUUUCUCGCACAUGUUCAUUCCCGCCGUUCCCAGCUGCACCAAGUGGAUCAACGAGACGGAUGGCCAAGUCGCCGAAUGACACCCAAGCGUCGAAAGAGCAUGUAGAGUAAGCCAGCCAAGUUCAAUUGACCAGAAGCAAUGAGCUGGGUGCACCUCAAGUGCUUCCUCCUCUGAAAAUCGAGGAAAACUUCAAAUUGCUCAAACAGUUUAAGGUAAGGGGAAUCCGCCUACUCACAGCCAUCGUCUUAGUGUCAAAUCUCAGUAAUUGUACAACUUUAAUUCCCAAAAAAAUAAGUGGAAAUGUCUGAGCGAGGC